AUGAUCGAUAAUAAAAAGGUUGAAAUUCGUGGGUAUUUUGACCAUUUUAUUCUGACCAUUGCAUACUCUCUCUGUUCUGAUUCUGUGAAUAAUGGAGUAGGAACGACGAUGCAAAUCUUCGUGAAAACACUCACAGGGAAGACCAUCACUCUCGAUGUUGAGUCUUCUGACACUAUCGAGAAUGUGAAGGCUAAGAUUCAGGAUAAGGAGGGAAUUCCCCCAGAUCAGCAGCGCCUGAUUUUCGCUGGAAAGCAGCUCGAGGAUGGCCGCACUCUUUCUGACUACAACAUUCAGAAGGAGUCCACUCUUCACCUGGUGCUUCGUCUGCGCGGAGGAGGCAAGAAGCAUAAGAAGAAGCAGUACAAGACCCCCAAGAAGCAAAAGCACCAGCACAAGAAGGUGAAGCUUGCUAUUCUGAAGUACUACAAGGUGGACGAGUCCGGUAAGGUGACCCGCCUGCGCCGUGAGUGCCCUGCUUGCGGUGCUGGUGUGUUCAUGGCUAAGCACGCCGAUCGUAACACCUGUGGUCGUUGCGGAAACACCUUCAAGUAAAUAUCCUGAGUUUUAGCUGAGGAA